AUUGUACACAGACAUGGCGAGGGCCUUGGCUGCGCCUGAUACAGAGCACGCCAAUGGGACGUAUGGUCACUACCAUUACGACAUGAGUGUCCUUCAACAACAUGUAUCUUUCUUCGAUCGAGACAACAACGGCAUCAUCUACCCUUGGGAAACCUUUGCAGGGCUACGUGCAAUUGGGUUCAAUAUGAUCGCAUCAUUGGUGAUGGCCAUCGGCAUCAAUGUUCCCUUCAGUUACCCAACCUUGACCGGAUGGAUUCCAUCUCCUUUCUUUCCAAUUUAUGUUCACAAUAUACACAGAGACAAGCAUGGAAGUGAUUCGGGAACUUAUGACACUGAAGGAAGGUAUGUUCCAGUGAAUCUGGAAAACAUUUUCAGCAAGUAUGCACGUACAGUUCCUGAUAAAUUAACGUUUGGGGAGAUAUGGAACAUGACUGAAGGCAACAGGGUAGCCUAUGAUUUCUUUGGCUGGAUUGCAAGUAAACUGGAAUGGGCAGUUCUGUAUGUGCUUGCAAGAGAUGAAGAGUGUUUCUUAUCCAAAGAAGCUGUGAGGCGCUGCUUUGACGGUAGCUUAUUUGAUUACUGUGCUAAGAUGCAGAAAGGAGCUGUUGAUAAGAUGGGAUAAUCUAAUGUACAGCUACUUCAUAUCUCAGGCUCUUACCUGCUCAGAUUUGUAGCUUCACGGUUCCAAUAAACAAAUGAGAGAUCACUGUAAUAUAGCAUCAUCCUCUGUUUUUAGGAGUUUGCCAUAGCCACAUCUUGAUACUUCACAUGAGUGGAUCUUUGCCUGAACCAUAUAAGUAUCCACAUUAAAUUGAUAGAAGUUCAUAAUAAUAGGAGACAUGACUGAAAGACCCUUUUUCCUCUAAGAUGGUCGAUAAGAUAAGGAAUGGAUUCGUGAAAUCCAGUUGCUUAAGAAAUUUGAGAACCCUUAAAUAACCCUCUUUUAUAAGAAAGACGUUCUCAUCUUAUAAGUUUUUAAUUUAAAUCCUUUGUACAUAAAUUUUAAAUUUUUUUUAUUUAUUUAUCAAGAUAAUAUCAUGGAA